GCGGGAUUCCAUAACCUGUCCGGAUUUGGCAUCCAUCUUAUAAAGCAAGAUAGAAUGAGAAACAAACAGGCAGCUACUGCAUAUAUAUACUACAAUACAACUGCAACUGGAUGAACUUUUAUCUUCUUCAUCUUCUUCUUAAUUAAUUCCCAUGGAGUCAAUCUCAACCGCUACUUCCACUCUUCUCACAAUAUCCAAGGCUCUCAAUCCUCAUCUCUCCUCCUCUUCCUCUCUCCUCUCACGUCGUCGUUUCACUUCCUUCCGCCCUCUUUUCCUCCUCUCUAACUCCUCCUCUCCUCCUCCGCCUUUAUCACCUUUAUUCUACUCCGUUUUGCCUCUCCUACGCCGCCGUUUACAAUGCGUCUCCAACUCCGCCUCCUUCUCCACCUCUCCUGCUGGCGGAAACGGCUCUGGCGGUCCUUUUGGUGGCGGCGGUGAUGGAGGAGGUAGUGGCGGUGGUGACGGUAGAGCUAAUGGCGGCGAUUCCAAAUCGAAUUUGGCUUCUGGAGAGAUUCAGGAUUUAUCGGGGUUGUCUCCUGAUGUUAUUAUACUCGACGUUGGAGGAAUGUCGUGCGGUGGAUGUGCAGCUAGUGUCAAGAGAAUACUCGAAAGUCAACCGAAAGUCUCGUCUGCUACUGUAAAUCUCACAACAGAAACGGCAAUAGUGUGGCCUGCAUCUGAGGCAAAAGUUGUACCAAAUUGGCAAAGCCAGUUGGGUGAGGCACUUGCCAAGCACCUCACGACUUGUGGCUUCAGUUCUAACCUUCGAGAUGCUGGGAAACAAAACUUUUUCGAUGUUUUUGAGAAGAAAAUGGAUGAAAAACGCGUUCGCUUAAAAGAAAGUGGUCGCGAGCUUGCUGUUUCCUGGGCUCUCUGUGCUGUAUGCCUCUUUGGCCAUCUUUCUCAUAUAUUUUCCUUCAAGGCUCCAUGGAUCCAUAUGCUUCAUUCCACAGGAUUCCAUAUGUCAUUGUCUUUGUUUACGUUGCUUGGUCCUGGGCGUCAACUCAUCCUUGAUGGCGCGAAAAGCCUUUUUAAGGGGGCUCCAAAUAUGAACACUUUAGUUGGUCUUGGGGCAGUAUCUUCAUUUGCUGUUAGUUCAUUAGCUGCCUUACUACCAAACCUGGGUUGGAAGGCCUUCUUUGAGGAGCCAAUUAUGUUGAUAGCUUUUGUCCUGCUGGGAAAGAAUCUUGAACAAAGAGCAAAAAUUAAAGCAGCCAGUGACAUGACAGGACUUCUAAGUAUUUUGCCUUCGAAAGCUCGUCUUCUAGUUCAAAGUGACCUAGAAGACCCAGGUGCAGUGGUUGAAGUCCCUUGUAGCAAUCUCUCUGUUGGUGACCAAAUUGUUGUGCUACCUGGAGAUCGCAUUCCAGCAGAUGGAAUAGUUAGAGCUGGUCGAAGCACCAUUGAUGAGUCAAGUUUCACAGGGGAGCCAAUGCCAGUGACUAAACUACCUGGGAGUCAAGUAGCAGCUGGUAGCAUAAACCUCAACGGCACUCUGACGGUCGAAGUGCAGCGACCAGGUGGUGAAACUGCCGUAGGAGACAUUGUUCGUUUGGUGGAAGAAGCUCAAGGCAGAGAGGCACCAGUGCAGCGUUUAGCUGACAAGGUAUCUGGGCACUUUACCUAUGGAGUGAUGGCACUUUCAGCUGCUACGUUUAUGUUCUGGAAUUUGUUUGGUACGCGUAUACUCCCUGCUGCUGUUUACCAUGGAAAUCCAGUUUCACUGGCCCUACAGCUCUCUUGCAGUGUUUUGGUUAUUGCUUGUCCAUGUGCACUUGGCUUAGCCACACCUACUGCUGUGCUGGUUGGAACCUCAUUGGGUGCAACAAGAGGAUUGCUUUUGCGUGGUGGAAAUAUUUUAGAACAAUUUUCAAUGGUGAAGACCAUUGUAUUUGACAAAACAGGAACCCUUACAAUUGGCAGACCUGCUGUGACGAAGGUUGUUACACUUGGGGAUGUAAAAAUUACAGACCAAAUAAAUACAAAUUAUAUAUGGUCAGAAGUUGAAGUUCUUAGCCUAGCUGCUGCUGUAGAAUCAAAUAGUUCUCAUCCUGUUGGAAAGGCUAUAGUAAAAGCUGCUCAGGCUGUCAGUUAUCAAAAUGUAAAGGUAACUGAUGGAACAUUCAUGGAGGAACCUGGGUCUGGUGCUGUAGCUACUGUUGGAAACAAGAGGGUAUCUGUUGGAACACUUGAUUGGGUUAUGAGGCAUGGAAUUGAACAGAAUCCAUUUCAAGAAGCCGAGGAUCUCAAGAAUCAGUCAGUUGUCUAUAUUGGAGUAGAUAAUGCCCUCGCUGGCCUUAUAUACUUGGAAGAUCAAAUUAGAGAAGAUGCUAGAUAUGUUGUUGAAUCCUUGUCUAGAAGAGGAAUUAAUGUGUUCAUGUUGUCUGGUGAUAAAAAGUCUACUGCUGAGCAUGUUGCAUCUGCUGUUGGAAUUCCAAAAGAGAAGGUGUUGGCUGGAGUUAAACCAGAUGAAAAGAGAACGUUCAUUGUUGAACUUCAGAAUGAUCAGAAUAUAGUAGCAAUGGUUGGUGAUGGAAUUAAUGAUGCUGCUGCAUUGGCAUCAUCACACAUUGGAGUUGCAAUGGGUGGAGGAGUUGGAGCUGCGAGCGAUGUGUCUUCUGUUGUGUUGACUGGCGAUAGACUAUCCCAGUUGCUUGAUGCAUUAGAACUAAGCAGACAGACUAUGAAGACUGUGAAGCAAAAUCUCUGGUGGGCGUUUGCGUACAACAUUAUUGGAAUUCCAAUAGCAGCUGGUGUUCUACUUCCAUUUACUGGGACAAUGCUGACUCCAUCCAUUGCUGGAGCUCUCAUGGGUUUAAGUUCUGUUGGCGUUAUGACAAAUUCAUUGCUUUUGAGAUUCAAAUUUCCCUCGAAGCUCAGCCGUGAUACUGAAAUGUCUCUAGCUGCCAACACUUUUUUGGCUUCUCAACUUCUCAUGAACCAAACUGAGAAAAUAAAGAAAUAUAAUGCUUCUACUAAAUGGAGAGAGGCACGAUGAGCUCAAUUUAUAUUUAAAGUGGGUUUGGUUUAAUGAAUAUUUCUGAAAUUCAUUUGUAAAUAGAUGCAGUUAUACUUAAAUUCAUUUAAUAAUUAUAUCUUUUAAGUUUUAUAUUAAAUGAAUUCUGAAGUAGAAUUAACGGA